GGCCUCCACUCAGUGUCCUCCACCCCUCUCUGCCAAUCCCUCCACUGGCCCCCAUUCAGUGUCCUCCACCCCUCUCUGCCAAUCCCUCCACUGGCCUCCACUCAGUGUCCUCCAUCCCUCUCUGCCAAUCCCUCCACUGGCCUCCACUCAGUCGUCCUCCAUCCCUCUCUGCCAAUCCCUACACUGGCUUCCACUCACCCAACGAAAAAAAAAUUCAAAAUACUAACAACAACUUACAAAGCCAUCCACAACUCCCAAGACCUUCUUCUCUCUAGUUCCCGUGUCAGCUCCUCCCUUGCUCACCUCCAGGACUUCUCCUGAGCUUCUCCCAUCCUAUGUUCCUCUUGUAC